CUCUCUCUCUGUGUUCCUUCUCUCCCUCUCUCCUGCCCACAUUGCUGCGAGAUCCAAUCUCCGCAUCUCUCCCUCUCUCUCUAGACGUCUGGCUAGUUUCCCGACCUCUCGCAUUGCACGAGCGCCAUCGCGAGGCGGCGGGAUCUGGCGAGACACGGCGAAGCGACGCCGGCUUCGCGGUUUCCUUCGGGGCUCGGGGCGGCGGCCGCGGCGGCGGCGGCGAUGACGGCGGGCGCGGGCAAGGCGGCGGGUGAGGGCGGCGGCGGCGGCGGCGGCAUCGGCUCGCUGGCGGCGCGGUUUGCGGACUCGGCGAGCUGCGAGAUGAACAAGCCCGACUACAGGGAGCUCGAUCUGGGCUCGCCCGUCUCGCCGCUGAUGGUGAGGAGCUCGAUGAGCGGCGGCGGCGGCGGCACUGCGACCACGACCACGACCACGAACACCACCUCGAGUGGCUCCUCGAGUUCUUCCGGCUCGGUCUCGGGCAAGAUGAGCGCGAGCGCCUCGAGCGACGCGGAGACUCUCCAAUCGGCGACGUCGCGGACGCCGCGGCGGGGCCAUCGGCGAUCUGCAUCCGCCGGGACCCCGUUGAUCUACUCGAGCAGGAGUUGGGCUCCGAAUUCGAGCACCGGUGGCGGCAGCAUUGCGCCGUCGAAUCAGCACGUGAAUGCAGUGGGUCUGAGCGGCAACAUUUGUCCGUCCGGGAAGAUCUCGAAGCCGAAUCUAACGAGUGCGAACGGUAACCGAAUGGCGACGUUGAGCUCCGGGAGCGGAAACUACGGCCACGGAAGUAUAAUGCGUGGCGGCACUAGUACUCCGAAGACGAGUAACGGAACUGUAGCAGAGACGAGCAAUGGCAAAUCUGUCGGCGAAUCGGUUGUUAAGAGAGGAAUGGCGAGUUUAGAUCCGGAGGAUGUGAAGAACGCAGGGAAUGAAUUGUACAGGAAAGGAAAAUUCGAGGACGCAUUGUUACUGUAUGACAGGGCCAUAGCGAUUUCGCCCGAUAAUGCGUCGUAUAGAAGCAAUCGUGCGGCGGCAUUGACGGCUUUAGGGAGGUUGGGCGAGGCGGUGAGGGAGUGCGAGGAAGCCGUGAGGUUGGAGCCUGGUCAUGGGAGGGCUCAUCAGAGAUUAGCUUCUCUUUAUCUCAGGCUAGGACAGGUUGAAAAUGCGCGACAUCACCUCUGUUAUCCUGGCCAGCAGCCUGAUCCAUGUGAGUUGAGUAAGCUGCAAUCACUUGAAAAGCAUCUGAACCUUUGCAUCGAAUCUAGAAAAAUUGGAGACUGGAAAAAUACAGUCAAGGAAUCUGAUGCAGCAAUGGAAGCAGGAGCUAAAUCUUCUCCUCUGGUUCUUGCUUGUAAAGCAGAAGCCCUGUUAAAGCUCCAUAAACUCCAAGAUGCAGAGAUGAGCCUAAAAGCUAUCUCCAAUUUGCCCUUCUACUCACAAAUUAAGUUCUGUGGCAUGGUGGGUGAAGCAUAUGUGCUUUAUGUUCAGUCCCAGGUCGAUAUGGCAAUGGGAAGGUUUGAUAAUGCAGUCGCAGCAGUGGAGAAAGCUGGACGUAUUGAUUACAGCAAUGCGGACAUUGCAUUGCUGCUGAGUAAUGUCAAAAUGGUGGCAAAUGCUCGUGCUCGUGGUAAUGAUCUCUUCAGCUCCGGAAGAUUCGCUGAGGCCUGUUCAGCUUAUGGGGAAGGCCUCAAAUAUGAUAACUGCAAUUCGGUUCUUUAUUGCAAUAGAGCUGUUUGUUGGUCUAAGCUUGGAUUGUGGGACAAAUCCAUUGAAGACUGCAACCAAGCUCUCAUGAUUCAACCAAAUUACAUCAAGGCGCUUCUUCGGAGGGCUGUCUCAAAUGGGAAGCUUGGCCGGUGGGAAGAAUCCGUCAGAGACUAUGAAGUUCUGCGAAGAGAACGUCCAGGAGACAGUGAGAUUGCUGAAUCUUUACGACGUGCACAGGUUGCUUUAAUGGGAUCUCAACAUGAAUGUCAUAAUCUGAAACCUUGUGUAAAUUAGCCGGGAUGUCUAAAAUAAGUCCAAAGCUGCAAUGCCAUCCCCUGGAAUACACAUGCAAACCAACAUCAGUUCUUGUCCGAUGGAUCAUGUAAGGCCGUGGAUUUAGCCGUGUGAGAAGUGGCGAAUGCCCAGAUCACCCUUGAUCGUCCUGAGCAGUCGGCUUCUGGAGGACUCUCAGGCACUGGAAUUUUACUGUGACAUAAUCAGCUCCUUUAUUAUAUACUUAGGGAACCUUAGAUAAAAUUCAUCUCCUAAAUUCAAGAAUUGUGAAACAACUCAAUUCUUUUCGCGAAGAACUUUAUCUCUUGAUUCAUAUUCA